AUGUUGGCUCCCGUUCCCUCCGCCGUUGGACACCUGUUGGUCAAGGAACCGAUCCAAACCAAAACAUCCCCCCAGAUUCCCGCUCAGACACCGUUAUCCGACACGCAAGCCAUCACGACGACUGACCCUCCAACUUGGACACCGGGCUCUGCUUUCCAAGUCCCAUACUGCCACAGACGCACUCAUCUCAAGUGUGGCUCAAAGGAAGAGGCAGUACCACCACGAAGCCCCCAAGUACACUCCUUGUACCGAUCCUCUCAUCUCUCUGCUGCUCACCCCCCUGAGCGCAAACUGCCGCCUUCGGAGCCUGAUCCAUUGCAGUGCAAAGCCCAGCAUAGCAGCCAGCCAGUACUGCACGAAUACCAACAGGGGACUUGCCAUCUUACACCCAUAUCGACGUGCAUUGGUGCACAUGGGAAGCUAAGUGCACUCCCCAAACACCUCUUACACUCCGAGGAAGAGACGAACAACGAAGGGAAGAAAGGAAGAAAGGGCACAAGACAACGAGACAGCGGAAACAACGGCGGAUCAGCAAAACAAAGUUGGCAUAGACAGACCAAGGGCCGUGUGCAGUGCCCAUCUCUACCCGCACAGCCCCCCGCCACAUCGGGCCCCUCCACCAACAACCAGCCUCCCAGUCUACUACGUCUGUACGGAUCCAAUACGUCUGAGUACUCCGUACAGAUACCUUACCUCGAGAAAGCUGUGGUGUCUACUCCGUCCACCCUCAAAUCGCCAAGCUCAGUGUGCCACUUGCACAACUCCAUUCGCAACCCACCACUCAUCCCAGAGCUUCCCUGGCCCGAUUUGACCGAGCGAGCCUCGCGUGUUGCUGCUUCCGUUGCGACCGCUGCUGCUGCUUAUGCUUGUCUUGGGAAAAUCGAUGCAGAAGCGAGAAUAAGCUGCAUCAGCCCAGCUGCACCCACUCAGAACCUAGGUGCCCUGUUUAGCUGCUUCACCUUGCUGAGGUACACAAGUCGUGCGACCUUGUGGCCUGGGCUGAGAGGUCUUGCUUCUGCUGGUCACUGCUCUCGAUUCUUCUUCUUUUCCACCCCCCAUUUCCGCACUCUCUCCAACAACCGCCCGCCGGUCACAUCUCCAGACUCCGGAACAGGGCGCCGCUUUCUCCAACCCCUCCGACCUGACUUUGCGCCAACUCCCAUCAACGCCCAUCUCGACGCUGGAACGCGCACUGCUAGCAGUACUCCCCACAGCGCCCGACCCGACGAAGCCAAACCCCAGGCUACCGGCCAACUGCGAUCCGUUCAUGAAGCACGACUGCCGCCCACCGACACACAUGAGAACCUCACCUCUAUCAUCCGCCCAACGCCAUCACCACUUUCACGCCGACGAGAGACGAAUUCUGGAUACUCUGGCGAUCCAGCCAGUAUGGCCGCCUUCGUGAGGGUUUCUGGUCCGCCCAACAGCAGCUUUCUGGUCGGCUACCCGGGCAUUUCUGCGACGCUACCCCGAAUCGAAGGCAAAGUCGAGAUCCGUCCAUCACAGGGCUAUUCCAUGCCCGUUUCCGUUUCGCUGGUGCGCAUCUGUCUACAGCGGAGAGAAACAAUACACCCCGCCGCCGAGAAUGUUGCGAAGAGGCACCUGGGAACCCCGAGAAGGGAAACGACGGACGUAGUCGGCAAAGAGCUUCUGCUGUUCAGAUGUCAAUCAGGAAAGGAUGCUGAGAGCGUCAUUGCGAUGGAUCUGCCGUUCGUCCUGUUCAUCCCGUUUGGAAGAGGUGGCGAAGAAACGAACCGACGAAUACCCCCGGCAUCAUUGCAACUCCCCAGCCGAACGGCCGAGACGUACUACGAGCUUGUUGUUACCGUGCAACAAGGACACACCCUACAGAACAAAUACUCCUUUCCUAUACCACUCCAGCGAUACGACACUUUGUCGACCUUCGGCAUGUACAACAAGCCAGAGUCGAGGCAAGUCAGCGACGCAAGCGUUGUCACACUGGGCAUCUCGGUCCCCAAAUGGAGCUACGGCCCGCUAGACCCGAUAACAGUCUAUAUAAAACUAGUACCCAAUCCCGACUGGAUGAAGAAAGCGUUGAAGGUUACGAUUCAGAAGAUCACCGUCACCAUCGAGGAGGAGAUCACGUACAACCCAGAAGGCGACGAGCCUACGAAGAAGGUCAACAAAGUUGCCAAGAACACGCAGUUGGUCAAUACGAAAAUGCCCGAGGCUGGAUAUGCAACAAAUUUGGGCUUAGUGUUUCCCUCCAAGGACUUGCGCGAUCCGGAUGGCAUCAUUCGCAGAGGAAAACCGGCGUUUCCGCUCUAUGAAGUUACUUCGUUCACGACGAGCUCAACCUUGUACAAGAUUGAGUUUUAUUUGACGGUCAAGGCGCAGCUAGGAUCGACCAGAGAUUUGACCGUCAGGCAGCCGCUAGUUAUUUGUCCAAUGGACCAGCAAGCGUGUAAAGAGGAAAUGGACGCCAUCGAACAGGCUGCAAAGGACGCCUCGCAUGUAGACCCGAACAACCCUAUGCUCCCUGCCCGGGCGAUUGUUUUAGCGAACGACCGAGAGUCUCUCAAGACGUUGGGAUUAUGCCUGGUGGGAGGGCAGAAGAAACCGCUGAUUGAAUGA